AUGUCAAAUUCUUCAGUGGUACAGACCGAAUCUGAGCUGAUCCAAUCCAGAGAUUCGGAGAAAAAUUCUAAUGAUGUGGAAGAGGUUACCUAUAACAUUGAUAAUACAUAUAAUCAAGGAUAUUCAUAUGUUAUCUUGUUAUCAGUAUUCUUGAUCUCCUUCUGUUCUUGGGGAAACAACGCUUCUUUUUCAAUCUAUUUGGCACAUUAUACCAAGUACGACACCUAUGAUGGUGGUUCCAAAUUAGGUUAUGCCGCUUUGGGUGGUCUUAGUGUAGGUGUUGGAUUCAUGUUAUCACCCAUCAUCAACAUAGUCAUUGGUAAGAUUGGGAUCAUUGGUAUUUUGUGGGUGGGAAACAUCUUACAAACCCUAGGUUUGGUGUUAACUAGUAUUUCUUCUCAUCAUCAAAUCUGGCAAUUGUAUGUGUGUCAAGGGAUUUUGCAAUCUAUUGGUUUAGCAUGUUUAGGACUUCCAAGUUUCACAAUUCUUCCUCAUUGGUUCAGAAAUGACGAGAAGCGUAAAUUCCUUUCAACAGCUCAAGGUAUAUUCAUGUCUGCUACUGGAUUCGGUGGUUUGACUUACGUUCUUGGAAUGCAAAAGGUCAUUGAAAUCGAUGGAGUUAGAUGGGGACUUAGAGCUCAAGCUAUCAUCAACUUUGGCUUACUUUCAGUAGCCAUCCUCUUAAUGAAGGUCAAGUCAGCUCAAAAAGUCAAGAAACUGUCUCAACUAAUAAACAUGGAUAUUUUGAAAUCUUCAAGUUUCUACUUGUCCUUAUUAUACAUCUGUUCAGGGAUAUUUGGAUAUUGUGUAUGUUUAUAUUCCAUGGAUUCUUACGUGAUUUCAAUGGGAUAUUCUGAUAAUCAAGGUUCUAUCGCUUCAGCUAUUUUACUUGUAGGUACAGCUUUAGGUAGACCUGCUAUGGGAUACAUUUGUGAUCAAAUAGGUCCAAUCAACACCUCCAUUAUUUGUUACAUCAUUACAAUCAUAUUUAUUUACGGAAUGUGGAUUCCUGCCAGAUCUUAUGCUACCAUUUUGGUCUUGUGCUUCAUUCUUGGUUUCCUCAUUGGUACUGUUCUUAUCACUAUGGUAGUAGUGCAAUUGAGACUUUUAGGUGGACAACUUCAAAGAUUAAACACAUUUUUCCUGAUGACAUUAUUCCCAUUUGGUAUGGUGGCCAUAGUGGCAACAUUGAUAGCAUUUUCGGCCACUAAAGAUCAUGCUUCUCCAACCCAAUUCCUUUACUGUAUAGUCAUUAUAGGAUGUAUGUUCAUAAUCUCCAUCAUAGAUUUGAUUAUAUUGAGAGGUUACAUCAUUUCCAAAGAUCAGCUUGUUGGAGAUGCAGAAUUAGAGCAAGAUGAAUACCUUAAGACCUCCGUUCCCAUAAAAUUAUGGGUUAAAAACAUCUUUACAUUAAGACACAACAAACGUUUAUAG